CAGCCCGAUGGUCAGAUGCCAAGUGAUAAAACCAUCGGUGGCGGGGACGACUCCUUCAACACGUUCUUCAGUGAGACUGGGGCUGGCAAGCACGUGCCCAGAGCAGUGUUUGUAGACCUGGAGCCCACCGUGGUCGAUGAAGUGCGCACAGGGACCUACAGGCAGCUCUUCCACCCGGAACAGCUGAUCACCGGGAAGGAAGAUGCAGCCAAUAAUUACGCCAGAGGCCAUUACACCAUCGGCAAGGAGAUUGUCGACCUGGUCCUGGACCGGAUCCGCAAACUGGCGGAUUUGUGCACAGGACUGCAGGGCUUCCUCAUCUUCCACAGCUUUGGGGGCGGCACUGGCUCUGGGUUCGCAUCUCUGCUCAUGGAGCGGCUCUCAGUGGAUUAUGGCAAGAAGUCCAAGCUAGAGUUUGCCAUUUACCCAGCCCCCCAGGUCUCCACAGCCGUGGUGGAGCCCUACAACUCCAUCCUGACCACCCACACGACCCUGGAACAUUCUGACUGUGCCUUCAUGGUCGACAACGAAGCCAUCUAUGACAUAUGUCGGCGCAACCUGGACAUCGAGCGGCCCACGUACACCAACCUCAAUCGUCUGAUUGGGCAGAUUGUGUCCUCUAUCACGGCCUCCCUGCGAUUCGAUGGGGCCCUGAAUGUGGACUUGACGGAAUUCCAGACCAACCUAGUGCCGUACCCUCGCAUCCAUUUCCCCCUGGCCACCUACGCCCCGGUCAUCUCAGCCGAGAAGGCCUACCACGAGCAGCUGUCUGUGGCCGAGAUCACCAAUGCUUGCUUCGAGCCAGCCAAUCAGAUGGUCAAGUGUGACCCUCGCCAUGGCAAAUACAUGGCCUGCUGCAUGUUGUACAGGGGGGACGUGGUCCCAAAAGAUGUCAACGCAGCCAUCGCCACCAUCAAGACCAAGCGCACCAUCCAGUUUGUGGAUUGGUGCCCGACCGGAUUUAAGGUUGGCAUUAACUACCAGCCCCCCACGGUGGUCCCUGGAGGGGACCUGGCCAAGGUGCAGCGGGCUGUGUGCAUGCUGAGCAACACCACGGCCAUCGCGGAGGCCUGGGCCCGCCUGGACCAUAAGUUCGACCUCAUGUAUGCCAAGCGGGCCUUUGUGCACUGGUACGUGGGGGAAGGCAUGGAGGAGGGGGAGUUCUCCGAGGCCCGCGAGGACCUGGCAGCUCUGGAGAAGGAUUAUGAAGAGGUGGGCGUGGAUUCCGUGGAGGCUGAGGCUGAAGAAGGCGAAGAAUACUGAGGGGAGGCUGUGGUGGGUUCUCCCCUGCCGCCCCCAGGAUGGCUGCUUUCAAGUUGUUUGCUAAUAAAGGUUCUGUCUAAAACCAA